CGAUCGUAUCCAGGCGCACGACACUUGACAACUCUGUACUACGUAGUUCGUGCUUCUAAAGAGCGCGGGGGAACCCAUCGGCGAUGCCGGCGCAGUCGGAGAGACUUCGCUUGCCAGCGGCGGCGCCGAUGCCGCGCGGUGCGCACGCUCUCUACGGACUACUCGCGCUGCUCGGCGCGUCGGUGGUGGUGUGGUCCGUCGCCGGCAAGCCGCCCGCCGCCCACGCCGGGCACGCACUCGCCGGCUUCCUGCUUUGGCUGCUGGGGAUGAUAGCACUGCUGCUGUCCCCGUACGCCGCGCAGCCAUUGUUCCCGGUUGCAACUACUGCCAAUCUCGCCGUGGAGAAACUGAAGCAUCGCUUCUCCAACCCCCGGACGCCGGCGCAGGCGCAGGCGCCGGCUUUGGCUUAAAAACCCACCGACAUGUACGCGACGCAACGCAAGCGGCAAAGCCGGUCCUACGCCGACCAAGCCGCGCCGUCGUUUACUACUACUACUACUACUCGUACAUAGCAAGUGAAGUGGUUUGAGACUUUGAAUCUGCUCGUCUGUGUGUGUGUGAAUAAAAUAAGUUCAGUUUGGCGAUAAUUCGACUGCAAGUGCAAGCAGUUGGUUUGAUUUACUGAUCCAGUUCUAGCAUUCGCAGCUGAUCACGCGUUGUAAAUAUAAAGCUUUGUUCUUUCCUUCAUUUUCAGUAUACAAGUUUCUGAAGCUA